AUGAAAGAUUUCAAGUCGCAGAGUAUCGACACUCCAGGCGUCAUCGACAGAGUAUCUACUUUGUUCAGAGGCCAUCGUAACUUGAUACAAGGCUUCAACACCUUUUUGCCACCUGGAUAUCGCAUUGAAUGCUCUUUAGAUCCGUCGGACCCCAAUCCGAUUAGAGUCACGACGCCUACAGGUACCACUACCAGACCCAAUAUCAACAAUGGCACCUAUGGUCAGAGAUGGGGCAACGAAGAACAAGGACAUCAGCAAAUUGCAGCUGGUCAAUAUUCUCAAGACCAGCAGCAGCUUCAGGCUCAACACCAGAUGCAACAACAGGUUGCUGAAAAUGGAGGCGGCCAGAUCGAAUUCAAUCAUGCUAUUUCCUAUGUUAACAAGAUUAAGACUAGAUUCGCUAACCAGCCAGAUAUUUACAAGCAGUUCUUGGAAAUCUUGCAAACGUACCAGAGAGAACAGAAACCGAUUGCCGAAGUGUACGAACAAGUAACAGUUCUUUUUGCCAAUUCGCCAGACUUACUAGACGACUUCAAACAGUUCUUGCCUGACACCAGCAACCAAGCCUAUGUUCAACAACAAGCUCAACAGCAAGCAGUUACUGAAGGAGCUUACUCUGCCAAUAAUGCUACUGCGCAGUUACCUCCAGUAGGCAACUUUCAGCCUCCUACCGGCUUGAGUCCUAGUGCUGCUCAGCCAUAUCCUCAACAAAACUUUCAAGUACCUUCUGGUAAUCCUGAGCCACAUGGAAUAACUGUAGUUACCGAACAAGAGUUGCCUAAAAAGAAAAAGUCAUUGUCAGAAGGAUAUACAUACGACAAUUAUGAAGAUGCUCAAAUCUCGAGCGUCAGAGGAGGACCGCAGGUCAAGACUGGUACUACGAAGGCAGUCGCUUCUGGUAAGAAUGGGCCUGUAUCUACAAUUACAGUAAAUCCAACAUUAGUGCCAGGAAUUCCCGAGCCUGUUCCACCUUCUGCCAGUGUCAAAACGUCGUCUCUUCUGGAAGAAAUCUCAUUCUUUGACAAGGUCAAGAAGGCUAUCGGCAACAAACAGAGUUACAAUGAUUUCUUGAAGAUCUUGAAUUUGUAUUCACAGGAAAUUAUCGACAAGAGAACUUUGGUCGAAAGAGUAAAUGGCUUCAUUGGCGACAGCCACCCAGACCUAUUCAACUGGUUCAAGUCCUUUGUAGGCUACGAAGAGAAACCUCAGCACAUCGAAAACAUCACAUUCAAAAAGCAUCAAUUGGAGUUGUCAUUGUGUAAAGCAUAUGGUCCAUCCUAUAGACAAUUACCCAAAGCUGAGACCUACAUGCCUUGUUCUGGUAGAGAUGAAAUGUGUUGGGAGGUGUUGAAUGACGAAUGGGUCGGACAUCCAACAUGGGCCUCUGAAGAUUCUGGGUUCAUUGCUCAUCGUAAAAAUCAAUAUGAAGAAAUUUUGUUCAAGAUUGAAGAAGAAAGGCUUGAGUUUGACUACUACAUGGAAUCCAAUUUGAGAACUAUUCAGAUUUUGGAGACUAUUGCCAAUAGAAUAGCAAAUAUGACCCCUGAGCAAAAGGCAAACUUCAAAUUGCCUCCAGGAUUGGGACACAAUUCCACAACUAUUUACAAAAAAGUUAUCAGAAAAAUCUACGACAAAGACCGUGGGUUCGAAGUAAUCGAUGCUUUGCAUGAGAACCCGGCCAUUGCCGUUCCCAUCGUUUUGAAGAGAUUAAAACAAAAGGAUGAAGAAUGGAAGAGAGCUCAAAGGGAAUGGAACAAGGUUUGGAGAGAAAUGGAGCAGAAGGUAUUCUACAAAUCGUUGGAUCAUUUGGGUUUGACAUUCAAGCAAGCUGAUAAGAAGUUGUUGACCGCCAAGCAGCUUGUGAGUGAAAUCAGUAGCGUCAAGGUUGAACAGCAAAACAAGAGAUUGCACCCUCUAACUCCCAAGCCACAAGAACAAUUGAGCUACGUUUUCAAAGACUACGAUAUUUUGAAGGAUAUUUUGAAAUUAGCUGAUGUUUUUAUCAACCGUUCGUCUAACUACUCUUCGAAUGACAGAGACAAGUUGACCCAAUUCUUCCAAUUCUUUGUUUCGUUAUUCUUUGGUAUCCCUACUGAAGAUAUCGAAAGGGCUUUAACGUCUAGAGGUAAAUCCGAGAAAACCACUGCUGAUGAAACUGAUGAAAAUGGAACCACUUCCGAAAAUGCAGAAGCCAGUGGUCAAUCACUUAUUCCUAAGAAGCGUAGCCGUGAAUCUGAUUUGUUACGUGAUGUCUUGAAGAAACAAUCAAAGUCAAAGAAAGAUGAACGCUCUGAUUCUCCUACUCCACAAAGUAACGAUCUUGAAGAACAGGAAUUGGUCGAUGAAGUCGAGAAGUCCAGCGAAUUGUGGAUCAAGACUGCCAACACAAAGUUUUCCUUGAAUGACGAUGACAGUGAUACCAAACGCGACAAGUACAACUUCUUCUGUAACACUACUAUAUAUGUCUUUUUCCGCCAUUUGAGAACUUUGUAUGAACGCUUGGAAGAAAUCAAGGCUAUGAAUGAGGAAGUUGGUAAGGAAAUCAGAGCUCGUAGACAUCCUCGUUUUGCCAAAGAUUUGAAUUUACUUUCUCACCAACUUGAAGACAUGGGUGUCGAGAUUCUUGGAACUAAGGAUUGUUACUUGCAAGUGUUAGAGUUGUCGGAAAGAUUGAUUGAAGGUGAGAUCGAGCACCAGUGGUUCGAAGAAUCCUUACGUCAAGGGUACAGAAACAGAGCCUACAAAGUCUACACAGUAGACAAAGUUGUUCAAGCCAUGGUUAAGCACAUGCAUUCAAUGGUAACUGAUUCCAAGACGUCGGAAAUGAUGGUUUUGUAUGAGUCUGACAGAUCCAGUCCAACGUCUACAGCAAAGGAUCAAAUCUUGUACAGAAUGCAAGUAAGAGCUUUGAUGUCAACUGAUGAGAAUAUGUUCAAAAUUACGUUUAAGGAGAGUACCAACAGCGCCAACAUUCAGUUUGUGAGCUUAGAUGAUUUGACUAUUAAUGACCACGAAAAUGCAGAAGAGGAAUACAACUACUAUGUUACAAGUUACGUUAUGUCCCAUCCUACUGAAGGUGUACCAGCUUCAAAGAUUAACAUGCCAUUUUCGAGAUCUUUCAUUGAGUCUGUUGAUGAAGAUCAAGUGGAAGGUAGAGUAUCGUCUGGAUUGAAGGUUUCUGUUUGUGAAAACUCGUACAGAUUGUUUUUUGAAGCAAACUCCCAUGAUGAGUUCACUUCAAAGGUUGUAUACAACAAGCAAGCAGAAGAUGGAAAGAAGAAAUCCGAAAAGGUUGAUGCUUUGAGAAAGCUAAUCAACGAUGACGAGGUUGGUUGGAAACGCGGUUUGGCUGGUGACGAGGAUGCUAACCUCUUAGAUCAGCAAGCCAAAGCUCUCUUUGAGAAAGGUAGCUCUGCGUACUUUCAAUUUUCAACAAAAAAGGAAGUUGUUGAACCCAAAAAAGAAGCCGAACCCCACACUGAGGCUGUUGCUCAAGUUUCAGAAACCGAAACAAGGCAUGAUGCUGAUGCAACUGUUGUUCAAGAAAAUAACGACACCACUAUUCAACAAGAUGUCAAUGACACAACUACUGAUGAGACCACUGUUAAUCAGGAUGACGCUAGUAUCAUAGCCGAGGGUCAGACUGAACAUUCCACCAUUACUGUAAUUCCAGGUAAGGAGGCAUGA